ACAUGCGCUUUCGAGGGGCGGUGUACGGCAGAGGGCCACUUAGAGACUUGUGGAUUACGAACACAGCAGCGCAAAGAACGCAUACUGUAGUGUUUUACAUCUUACCGAUACACACUUUUAUAUAUAUACACUGAAUACUCUACAAAUUUAACUCCUUAACCAAACGGCAACAAAGAAUUCUUCGCGUACACCAAGGCACUGCCAGCGCCUUUGUGUCUGCUUUGUCUAGAGCUGGCCAUAUAUCUCUAAGAAGUUAUAUAUGGUAUAAUUUCAAUCCUAAUACGUCCCGUUCCCAAAUAUAAUUUAUUCACAGUAUUUAUUUUAAAACAAGGACGGUAAAAAACAACAGAACAAGAAAAAUUACAAGAACUACCGAUCAUUAUUUUUGAACAAUCUGAAGUGUCUUUUCCCUCCGUUGUUGUUUUUCUGUUCUUAAUUAUUCACGAUGCAUUCUAUUACUAAACUGUUUGGGUUCUCGAAAGAGCAGGAACCAGCAUUAACACCACAGAAGGCUAUACAGAAGUUGCAAAGUAUUGAAACAAUGCUAAUCAAGAAAUCGGAACACUUGGAAUCGAAAAUUACAGGAGAGUUAAAAAUAGCCAAAGAACAAAAAUGUUCGAAUAAACGAGCUGCCCUCCAAGCAUUGAAAAGGAAAAAGAGAUAUGAAAAACAACUGCACCAAAUUGAUGGUACUCUUUCCACUAUAGAGUUACAAAGAGAAGCUUUAGAAAAUGCUGCCACAAAUACAGAAGUUCUUAAGGUCAUGGGCGAGUCGGCCAGCGCAAUCAAAGCUGCUCAUAAUAAUAUGGAUAUUGACAAAGUGCAUGAUUUGAUGGAUGAUGUAGCUGAACAGCAAGAGAUUGCCAAUGAAAUUUCAGAAGCUAUUUCCAAUCCUGUUGGUUUUGGACAAGACAUUGAUGAGGAUGAACUAUUACAAGAACUUGAGGAUCUGGAACAAGAAGAAUUGGAGCGUGAAUUGCUUAAUGUUGGAACACCUGUCACAGAUCAACUGCCAUCAGUACCAACGGGUGAACCUGAGUUGGCUAGUGCUUCCAGCCAGAAAGCAAAAGAGGAAGAGGAUGAGUUGUCAGUACUCACUAUGUGGGCUGAAUAACGUGAGACUUUGUAAGCCUGUUGCCAUCACCACAUCAACUAAAAUGGAACUAAGAGUUGCUAGCACAACCAACAGACCUGCUAUUAUUAUUUUAAUCAUUUGCCACAAGACCAUAGAAAUUGGCUAUGUAUGACUUAAUCUUCUUCUCUCCUUUCUCGCCAGAAUUACAAUUCCUUUCUUUUGUUGAUAAUGGCUGGCUGCUUUUGGCCUUUUAGCUGCUCACAACCAUUUCUUACAACUAUUAGGGUUGUGAAAAAUUCUGCUAAUAUCAAAGCUUUUCUACUACAAGUGGUUAAUAUUAAUGCUAUUGAGUGCACUUGGCACAAUGUGGUUGUCUAACCAACAUUUCUGCUAUGGUUUACUACCAUAUGCUAGGGUCACCUUUAGUUUUACAUACAUACAUUCAUAUAUAUAUAUAUAUAUAUAUAUAUAUAUAUACUUAGCUAAUUUAAAUAUUUGAAAUGGAAAACAUUUUUCUUGAAACAAAUUAUUCUGGCUUAGACUUUUAAGCUGUACUUCUGUCAAAGAGGAAGCUGGGAAGAAGUAUAAUGAAAAUUAAUGAAAAGGGGGCAAAAUAAAAAGGAAAAUAAAAUUCCACUAAGUUGUUACUGUGGCUGAUGAAAUUUCAAAGGUGCAGAGUGGAACUCAAUUUCAUUCAUAAUGACUUGUAAGUGCUCUUUUUAAACUAUCUGCAGUGGAAAUAAUGCAAAUGCAGAGCAAAAAUUUAAAGUAACAGAAAAAAAUAUUUAAAAAAAAAAAUUUAAAUAUGAUGAUGAUGAUGAUGAUAAUGUGAAAUCAUUAAGAAAUGUGUGUUUGGGUGUGCACACAUAUACACACAAACAGCUCUGAGAUAUAUGCAAACAUAGAAAUAUACAUUUAAAAAAAGCAAAAGAAAAUGCCAUAUAUCAAGAAAUGUGAGUGAAAAUAAAUAAAUAAAAUAAAAUGUGGAAAGCAUGUUAUAAAUGAAAAUGAUAAAUAAAAUGGUGAAAAGGGGAUGUUUUGAACGUUUUUACUGAAACUACAUGUAAGUUUUUUUUUUUUUUACCUUUUGUCCUCUCCACCCCAAUGUUUGCUCUUACUUUGACAGCUAAUAUUCCUGUUGCAACUCUUAUGACUACUACAAGUACUCAUUGCAAUUCAUGUCUUUUGUAUACCUGUUUCUGAAGAAAUAUCAAAUAAAGCUCCUAUCCACUGUAUUUGCUGUCAGUACAUCAAAUAAUUCUCAUGCCCAUAUGCUGCAUUGUUUGUUAAUGUAGGUUCUAUAACUGCUAUCUCAUCCCUUCACCUAAUGGACUAGAUCUUUCACUCUCUCCCUUUUUCUCAAUAAAUGAAUUUUAAAAGAAA